AUGGGAGGCUGUUUGCACAGCUCUCAGGACCAUACAAUCCACACAGAAGGGGAGCCUGGUCCUCCUGCAGCCCCAGCAUUUACCUCAACACCUAAGAAAAUGCCCAAAAGCAUUUCAAUAUCCAAACAACUGGCUUCAAUAAAAGCUUUAAAGAAAGGCUCAGAUCUGGAAAAGGCCAUUGCUACUGUGGCUCUGAUUUUCAAAAACUCUUCUGACCCUGAUGGUAAACUUGGAAAAUCUACUGCCAAAAAUCUGCUGCAAACUCAAUAUAGGAAUUUCACAGAGGGAGAAGAAGCCAAGCCAAAAUACCAAGACAUCCUUUCUGACCUUGACGAGCACACAGAAAAUAAACUGGAUUUUGAAGACUUCAUGAUCUUGCUCCUAAGCAUCACUGUCAUGUCAGAUCUAUUGCAAAAUAUAUGGAGUGCAAAGAUUACAAAGUAAACAGCUUUAAAUUCAUGAUGGACAUGGAUGGUAAAAUACAGCAUUAAAUGAUUAAAGAUGUUUCUAUCUGAUUUGUAU